AUGUCAUUAACAUUGCAAAAUAUAGAACUGAAAGGUUCUAAAAUGACAGAUCAAAAAUUGAUAAGGAAUAAGUCUUAUACAUUAAGAAAAAGAUUUAAAAAUAACAAUUUGAUACAAUUGUCAGAUAAAAAAACUAAAUUACGAGUUUUGUGUGAAUCUUUAUGUAAACCAGUUUCUGUAAAUAUUAUAAAAUUAUCAAUACCAGAAAUAAAAAAGUGGUAUGAAAAAAAACCAUAUAUAACUGAAAUAAAAGAUGAAUUAAUACAAAAAAAAGAACUAAAAUAUAGGAAAAACAGGACUAAGAAAGACAUUAAAGCGAUUAAAUCUGAACAUCAGCUUCCUCAUCUGACUAAUUUUGAAAACAAAAUAAAACCUCGAAGAGUAUUACUUCACAAGAAGACAAAAAUUAAGAAUAAAAAGUUACUUGUAAAAGACAUAUUAAAGAAUAUUAAGCAGCCAUACAUAAAAUUACAUAGAAUAGAUGAAGUAAUCAAUAAAAUAGCACAGUCAUUUGCAAAAACAACUCCAAUUAAAGAAUAUGAAACAAGUGCUCAAACAGAAUGCAUGAAAGAAAUGCAAAUCAAAUUAAAUGUAUCUGCACCAGAACAAUUGGAAUUAUCAUCAUUAAAUAUUAAUAGAGAUAAAUAUUUGGAAAAUCAUGAAACUGAACCUAUAGUAACUAACUCUGAUACAAAUGAAAUUCAACAGUCAAAUAAGCAUGUUGAAAAUGGUAAUGAUAUUUAUGAUUCUGAUUCUGAUUCUGAUUUUGAACUUCCUGUGAGAAAUAGUAUGAGAUGUCUCAAAAGAGCACGUAUAUAUAAUGUUGAUGAUAGUGAUGAUGAUAAACAUUACAAUAAUACAAAUAAUGGUUCACAUGAAAUAAGAUUAGAUAAAGUAAAGAGAUUAAGAAUAAAUUCACUAGAAAAAACUAUGAAAAUUAGUAUAAGUCAAGAUCAUAGUUCUAUUGAGCCACAAUAUACAGAUGAUAGUCAAAAGUUAAAAAUGGAAUCGUCCACAGAGUUAAAUAUUUCUAAUGAAUUAUGUAAUUCUUCGGGCAAAAAAGAUUUAAAUAUUAAUGAAUAUGAAAGUGUGUUACAGCAGGAACCAAGUAUACCAGAAAAUAUACCUAUAACGAAGAAUCGUGAUAAUGAUGAUAUAGUUAAAAAUGUUGAAGAAGAUAAUACUUCUAAUUGUGUGUCUUCAGAAUUAAAUUUUGUAUAUUUUACAAAUGAUAACAUUUGCAUAAAUGAUAAUUUUGUUGCAAUAGAGGAACCAAUUCUGGAAAACAAAAAUAUUCAAGAAUCGAUACAAAAAUCAUUUAUUUCUGAUAAAGAUCUUAUUCAAAAAUACAAUCUUUUUAAGGAGUUAAAAGUCAUUUUAAUAAAAUUUGAUUCUUUGAAAAAUUUCAAUAAUGAAUACUCAGCUACAGAAAUUGAGCAAAUAAUGGACAUAUAUAUAAAUUCUUUAACAAAUUUUAAUCUUUCAAAAGUUCAAGUACAUAAAAGAUCUCUAGAUGAGAUAUCAUCUACUUCAAGCUCUCUAAAAGUUAAUUUUGAGGAAGAUGUACAAUCUACAGAAUAUGAUUUAAACUCAACAAUAUUUGAAACUCCAAACAAAAAUGCAAUUCAUGCAGUUGCAGAAGAGACACAAAACAUGAUUGAACCCAUAUCAGCUCUUUUAGAGAAUUCUUCUCAAAAUGUAAUAAAAAAUAUGGAGCUACAGCCAAAGAAAAUGUCAAAAACUCAAAAAGCAUGUCAUAAUUUAACAGAACAUUUUGAGGAUAACUCUCAAAAGAGAUUUAAACAAAAUAUUAUUGGCGAUUUAGAACAGAAAUCGAUUGUUUCAACUAUUGUUACCAAUUGUGCAUUAUUGUCUUCGUCACAAAAGUCUACCAAGAAAAUUUCUUCUAUAUUAUCAAAUAUCAAUGGAAAUACUAUUGACAUAGAAAAAUCAGCAAAUACAUUGCACACAAGAUCCGUGAUAGAAUCCAUAAAUGAAAUGUCUUCCUUAAAUAAAGAGAUAGAAUCUUCUUCACAUAAAAAGGAUUUUACAGCAUUAAUUACCAAUGUAAAAUCUCCAGAGAAAAUGAAAGUUAAUACACUUAAUGUUAUCAAUUUUAAACCUUAUCCUUCAAAUGAAAAUAAAAAACUUCUUGCUUCAGGGAUAAAGACAUUUGUAUCCAAAACUUUUAAAAAGACUGCAAAUAUUACGCAUCCUAAAAAAACUACAAACAAAACUGCUUCAACUUGUUAUUCUUCCAUAAUAUCUCCAACAAAACAUAAAAAAUUUAUGGAUAAAAAAGAUUCUAGAGAUACUACUUAUAAAUGUAUUGUUUGUGAUCUUUGUUUUGAAGAUUAUUCUGAUCUACAGCCACAUCUAAUUACACAUACACAAAAGCAAAGUAAUACUUUAAUAUGUUCUUCAAAAAAUUUUAACAAAUCAUCCGAUAAAUUUGAAGAAACGAUACUUUGUUCUUCAGAAGCAAAGAUAUCAGGACCAUCACAAACACUGGAGCAAAAUAGUAUAGAACAUUUUAAUCCAUCAAAAACUGUCAUUGGUGAAGGUAAUAAACAGGAAAAGAAAAAAGAUGUAUCAAAACGUUUAUUGAAUAAAGAGAAAAAGAAGAAAAGGAUUCAGAGUGUUAGUAAUUCAAAUGAAUGUAGUAUUUGUUUAAAAGUCUUUCCAACAAAACCAGAUCUUGCAGCUCAUAUUUAUUUGCAUACAGAGAGAGAAUUGCAAGAAGCAUACAAACUUGCGAAACAAAAGUUGAAUGAAAGUGGAAAUAGCACUGUAGAUAACACAAUUCAUAUAAAUGAAAAGACUCAAAAAGUUAAUGAUAAGGAAGAAUUGUUGCAUAUACAGAAAUCAAAUAAGCCAUUAAUUACAAAAGAUUCUGAAAUUCGAGAUAGAGAAUCUAAUACCGUGAAUGAAAACGAUUUACAAAGUGUAGAAUUAUGUUCAUCAUUAAAAUCAGAUAAAGAAAAAACAAAUAAAAUAGGAAGCAGUAAAAAAUCGUUCACGAUAUGCGAGUGUCACAAUAAACCAGGAACUAAUGAAAAUUGCUUGCAAAUCGAAAUAGUUCUUCUUUGUCAUACUUGUAGAGUAUUAUUUAGAAGCAUGGAAUGUUUUGAGAAUCAUUGUCGUCUUCCUGAUCACGGAAAAUGUAAUCAGAAUCGCUUUUGCAGCGGCCGUUCGCCAAAUUUAUUUUGUGCUACUUGUGGUAUGAUAUUUAGUUCAGUCCAAGAUGUGCGUCAUCAUUUAGAAAUACAUGCUCGUUUUAAAAAAAAUUGUAGAAUAGAUUUUCGAUGUAAUAUCUGCAAAGUUAUAUUUCUUGGAAUAGGAACACUUUUUUAUAUUCAUUGGACAAAACAUGCAAGGGAUCCUUUCUGGGUAGCUAAUGAACUUUCAUUUCCAAAAUAUUCUGUAAUAAAUACCAAAUUGAGAAAAAUAGACAAUUUAUCUACGCAUAAUGCAGUAACUUCAACUAUAUCUAUGGAAGAAUACAUUCAAGUAGCAGAAAACGUUUGUUAUAAUUGUAAACUACCUUUCGUUACUACAGAUGAUCUAAAAAAACACGUUCGAAGAUGUAAUGGAAUUAAGUCAGAUCAAGAUACAGUUGUUGUAGAAAACUCAAGUACUAGCAUUCAGUCACAUCUGACAAUCAAAAUAACUUGUAGUUUAUGCAAUGAUACUUUUACUAAAAGAACAGAGUUUUAUAAACACAUAAAGGAUAAACAUAAUUGUAAUAGUGAUCCUCAAUUUGUUUGUAUAUCAUUCACAGCUGCCAAGGUGGUAUUUAUUUGUAGUAUUUGCAUGGCAAUAGCUGAAAAUUUGGAUGAUUUUGAGAAUCAUUGGUUAAAACAUAAUAUAACACAUGUAUGUUUUGUUUGUUCACAAUGCAGUAAAACAUAUCGCAAUAAUUUAAAUUCUUUCAUAGAACAUGGAAAAGAACAUAAAACUAAAAGCGAUGUACUGAAUUGUAUAGUAAAUUAUGAGAAAACAAAAUACAUUUGUAAUUUUUGUAACAUUGGUUUUGAUUCUUCUAAAAGUAUGCGUGAGCACAAUAUCAUUCAUAAGUUAAAUAAUCAACAGACAAAUUCUAAGGCCGAUGAAGUUACAAAUAAUGCUAGUUCUGCAUCGGACUCAGAGGUAGAUUGUGUUUCUAGUUUCAUAGCAACAAAAGAACUGUCUGUUGAGAAACAGCCAUCAGAAUCAUUACACACGGAGACUCAAGUAACAGAAAAAAUAAAUGAAGGUUCUUUAACAAGAUCUAAUACAGAUAGUGAUAAAGAGAAAUUAAUCAAGAUAUUAGAAGGAAGCGAAGAUGAUUCUGAACAUGAAUUGAUAAUAGAUUUGACAAAACACUCAGAAGAAUGUAUUGAACCACUAAGAGGAGAAGAAAAUAAGGAAAGACAAACUUCAUUUAAUAUCAAAUUAGAUACAUCUUCCACCACACAAACUUGUGUAAUAUCAAAAAAUAAUAUAACUAAUAGAUUGGAAAAAGAUAUAAAUAUUCGAUCAUCACCACAGAAUGAUGCAAUUUCAGAAAAUUCACAGAAUAUUAUGCCAAUUGCAACAAGUUCUUUUACUUCUAAAAACGUAAUUCCUUUAGUAUCAUCUCAAGAUACUAAUUUAAAUCCUCAAAUGUCUAAUCCAAAUAUUAAAUUGACAAAUGUUUCACAAAAUUUGCAUGCAUUUAGGAAUAAUGUUAGUAAUAAUAAUUUACUUGAAACAGAAGCAAAAUCAAAAAGUGAUAGAUUAGUUAUGGAAAAUGUAGAAAGUAUACAGAAUAAAGUUUAUGACACAGAUUCAUCAUCAGUAAAUCAAGAAGAAUCAUCAAUUCCAAGGAUUUUACCAUCAGGAAAAAAGCAAAGUUUACUAAAACCAAAAUCAGGAUUUUUAAGAGUAAAAACUCUUGCAGAACUUUGUGGUUGUACUGUUGAAGAUACUGAUAAUUUAAUAGAACAUCCUAAGAGCGAUGAUGGCUUGAUUAAAAAUGGUAAGAAGCACAAAAUUAUUGAAAAAGAAUUAUUUCCAAAACAACCUGCAGACUCCAUUCCAGGGAUAAAUAAGUUUGGAGAAUCAUCGUCAUAUGAAAAAUCAAUACCUUCUCAAUCAAAUACAUUGCCAUUAUCUUCAUCUAAUGUAAUUUAUCGAAAGUUGCUACCGAAGCUACCAUCUACUACUAACAUAAUAAAUAGUCAACAAUUGCAGCAAUUACAAACAAAUAUGACUCAAAACAAACAUUCAUCUCCUUCGCAAAUUAUAACAUCGGCAUAUCAUAAAAAUUUACCAGCGUGUAAUAUUGUUCGAACAACUACAGCUAUACCACGUUCAGCUACACUCAAGAAUGAUAUUACAUCUAUCAAAGUAAUAGCAAAUACUGCCAAUGUAUCGAAUGCACAGAAAGUACGUAUUGCAUCUGGUUCUGAAAAUAAAUCACUGACUUCUUUCGUUAAUUCGAUAAAUCUAAAUGAUCCAUAUAAAUAUAAAUGUAAGUUCUGUAAUUUUCGUUCAAACGAUAUAGCAGAAUGUUUGAUGCACAAUUUACCGGGUACUAACACCCAAUGUGGGCAUAAUAAUCAAAGACUUGACAACGAGAAUUUACAAACAGUGACCACAACUAAUAUCCUCCCAAAUAAUCCGAAUCGUAAACAAUAUCAACAAACUAUUACGAAUCAAUCAGGAAUUAAGUGUGCUUCUUCGCCUAUUAUCAGUUAUCAGUAUCCUUAUCUUGCUGCUGGUAGUUCAAAUAGUAAUAGUAAUACUGAAGUGCUUAAACAAAAUCAGCAAAUAACAACCAACCAACAAAUAGCAGGAAGUGCUUCUUCCUCUAUUUAUUAUAAAAAUCCGAAUCAUUCUACUGGUGGAAUGUCAAUAGUAAUUAAUCAAACAGCACCUCCUGUACAGAACAUACCUACCAUAGGAAUUAUGCAGCAACCAGCACAACAACAAAUAUAUCAACCACAGAAUUUAAUCAAUAUUUCUGGAACAAAUGAUGUUUACCAAAUAGCAAACAAUCAACACGAUAUAUCAAACAGACAGCCAACAAUUACAAGUUACGAAGUUAGAUUUGCAUGUUCUUCUUGUUCGCAGAUAUUUGUCUCUGAAAAUUUGUUGCAAAUGCAUAUAAAAAAUGCACACGAUUUUGUAUGCGAUAUUUGCAAUUUGCGUUUCUAUAAUUUUAAUGAUUUCAAUCUUCACAAAGUUGAACACAAUUUAGUUUGA